GCCUACAGAUCCGCCGAAUUCGUGGGAAAUCCUCGGAGUGGACUUCGCCUUGGAGCAGACUGAGGAUCUGCGCGUGGACGCGAAAGUCCUGGAUUGGAAUUACGGCCCAGGACUGGCUUUUGGACGGCAGCUGAAGAACGGACAGGAGAAGACUCUCGCCUUCCUGCAGGAGUCGUACCGAAUCCUUCAUGAACUGCACAGGCUCCGGGUAGCUGGCCGCGCAAGCGCUUGGCGGGAGCAUAUACCCUUGUCCCGUUUGAGAGUGCUCUUUGAUGCCAGUGAUGCUGCCCGGCAGCCGGCAUGGUGUGCUUGA